AUGAAUAUCAACAAUAACGACGAAACUUCUCGAGGCCAAGAGCUGGAAACACGGGCUCAACCAUGGAAGAAAUGGUUCAUUCCCGAGAAACCAGUGUCGACAGACUAUGGUCAGAAACCGGUCGUUCUCAGCUCCGGCGACGGCCAGGGAAGCCUUCCUACUCCUCUACGCGAUACCGACCUCAGCCAGCCCAAGCCAAGGGUUGAACUUGACGCAAAGCAUUUGGCCAAGUCGGAAUAUCCUUCAAUUGGCGGCCACUGA